AUGAAUUUAACAAACCAUUCUGGUGAAUAUGAUAAUGAUAAAAAUGUAUCAAGUGAUGAAGAUGACGAUAAUAAUAAAACAUUCGAUAAUACACCGCCAUCAAUACUUUUAGAAAAUUUUCUUUCGGAUAACAAUGAUAAUGAUGAAUUUGACAGUAGCAUUAUUGAUGAUGUAGAUGAUAAUGAUGAUGAUGAUAAUAAUGAUAAUGAUGAUGAUGUUAGUAUUGAUGUUGAUUGUGACUAUGAUGAUGAUGAUGAUGAUGAUGAUGAUAAUGCAAGUGAUAUUGAAAAUCAUUUCUAUUCAAAAACUCAAGUACCCACACAAACUCGACUAUGUUCAUUAUUGCGGCAGUCUAAUCGUCUUGUUGAAAUAAAACUAAAUUUAUUUCAUAAACGUUUACUAAAUAAUCAAAAUCAAUCAUUAAGACAUGCACUUUCCGACAGUGAUAUGUCUAAACGAUCAUAUCAUUAUCAAAACUAUCAACAACAAAAUAGUCAACAACAAUCGAUACUACUUCCAUCAUUAUCGUCAAAUAGUUUUUAUUUUUCAACUAAUCGAUCGCAUCGUCUCUAUUUACCAUCGUCAUAUCUAUACGAGUUAGAAACACAGAUAACAAAUUGGUUACAAGCAAGUACUUAUCUAAUUGAUUCAAUAUCACCCUCAACCUAUCAUCGCCGUUGUUGGUCUCAACUAUUGUUAACAUAUUUUAUCGAACGAGGUUAUAUCAAUCUCGAAUUUAUUCGUUGUACACAUUCAUUAUCGCUAAUGACAGUUGAACAAGAUUCAUGUUCGAUACAUAAACAUGGUUGUGUACCUGAAGAUGAUGCAUACAAAUUAUGUUCGAUAUUACAAAAAGGUUCACGGUUUAAUAUAAAUUCAAUAAUAUUCGAUCAUAUACGUCGUAUUAUUGUUAUUAAAAGUAUGCAAGAAGCACCUAAUGAUAAUUCUAAUUUACAACAAAUAUAUGUCAAACAACUGAAAAGCCUUAAACAAUCGUUGAUUCAUCAACAAUCAUCUGUAAUGAAUAUAAAUAAUAAUCGUCGAAUAAUAAGUGUUGCAUCGAUACAUUCAAAACUUCUUUUAUUUUUAUCAAGUCUCUAUUCAAUCAAAGCCGAAACGAUGCAAAUACUGUUCUGUCAACAUCUUCUACACAAUCCGACGUAUUCCUAUCUUGUUACUUUAUGA